GCAGUCGGUGGUGCAAGUCCUUCGCCGCUGUUUGGUAGCGAUGACAGCUCCAGAUGCGUUCACUUCCAAAGGCCAGGCAAGAUCCUCGUCUACAAGAAGGACACGCCUAUCUUUCCAAUUGGCAUAGCAGUACCAUCGGACAUGAUAGCGAAGUCCGUUCCGAGAAAGACCCGACUGACCGCCGGGUUCGUUGGAAGCAGAGCCGGUGGGGAGGUGAAGGAAUACAAAUUCGGACCCAUGGAUGAACGAAGGUAUCACGAAUUCUAUCGCCGCCAUCGGUUUGCCCAUACGAAGAAGAAAGGUGGCUGGGAUGCCACGAGGCAUGCUGAGAUCCUUGCCGUGGGCACAGUACCGAACUUCACCGGCCUGGCCCAGGCACCUCCCCUAGCGGUGCCAUUCGUGCCCAAGUCCUUGCUGCUGAAGGCAAAGCGCCAGCUCCUCCCUUUCUCUUUGCGCUUGGAGGCUGUCUACAAUGCAACGGUGGAGAGGCUCCUGGACCACACACGGAGGUGCUUGUCUGUCGAGUCGAUGGCGGCGCGUGUCUUGCGGAGCAUUGGGUUGUGGCCGACUCAGCGACCCCUUCGGCUGCUGUAUGUCACCUGCGGCUUUGGUUUUACUGGAGCAGGCGAUGGAUGGCAAGGUCCCGUAAGCAUCGGCAUCUUUCUGGGCCUGCAGAGCUUGCUGAAGAGCAUCCCAGGCUCUCGCAUUGUCGAUGCGCCUGUGGCUUGA